AUGGCAAGGAACAUGAUACUGCACGCUCGCCUCCUGAGAGGCUCCUGCAUCAAAUGGAUGCUGGUAUGGAUGAGUCUGUUGAUGAUCCCGAGGUCGAAGGGGAGGCUUCACUGGACACUUAUUCCUGAUCCUUCUCUUCUUCGACCUGCUUCUUGGGAUAACGCUACAUUAUCUGAAAAUGUAGGUCUUAUGAAAUAUGAGAAAGUAUUUUCAACUUUAUCAGAAUUUUCCUUUACAAAAGCAGUUUCUGAUGAAAACAUAACAGUGAUUGACACAAACUUUAGUGACAUUCCAGUCCGUCUGUAUUUCCUAAAGAAAAACUCUGAAAAACAGCGACCAGCUGUAAUUUUCAUUCAUGGUGGUAUCUUCGUCUUUGGAAGUGUCAAAUGCUGUCAGAGUAUUUCCCUACAUGACAGCCAAAGUGAGGAUUACAAGGUUUCCAUUUCCUUCUUUUCAGAGGUACCAGCCAAUGACGCCCUGAACAGACUGACAGCAAAGAAGCUUGGUGCUGUUGUUGUGGGAAUAGACUACAGACUUGCUCCUAAGAAUAUAUUCCCAGCUUCACUUGAAGACUGUAUUUUUGCGGUCAAGUUCUUUCUCCAGGAUAAAGUUCUUGCAAAAUACAGAGUUGAUCCUGCUCGCAUCUGCAUUGCGGGAGACAGUUCUGGGGCUUCGUUGGUAGCAUUAGUGACUCAAACGUUACAGAAUGAUCCAGAAUUCAAAGGUAGAAUUAAGGCACAAGCUUUGAUAUACCCUGGCCUACAGAUGAUUGACAGCUAUCUGCCAUCUCAUCAAGAUUAUGAACAUGGUCCAAUCUUAUUCAGAAAUAUGGCAUUCAAGUUGGUAUCCCUCUAUGUGUCUGAAGACACAGCACUGGCCCAGGCUAUACUGAGAAAUGAGCACAUGCCUGAAGGAUCAAGACAUCUGUUCAAGUUUGUUAACUGGAGUUACUUUCUUCCUGAGAAGUAUAAAAAGAACCAUGUUUAUACUGAGCCCAUUCUUGGCAAACUAAAUCCUUCUUAUCCAGCACUUGUGGACAGCAGGCUGUCCCCUUUGCUAGCCAGUGACUCGCAGUUACAGAGUGUGCCACUGACCUACAUUCUUACAUGUGAACAUGAUCUCGUAAGAGACGAUGGUCUCAUUUACCUCUCACGGCUUAGAAAUGUUGGAGUUCAAGUUACUCAUGACCACAUAGAGGAUGGAAUCCAUGCAGCUUUGUCAUACACCACAGGUACAGUGGUCUUACAAUUAGGAUUUAGAAUAAGAGAUAGGUAUAUUAAUUGGUUAGUAGAAAACCUAUAAAUUGGUACAUGUAUAUAGGUUAUGAUUUAGUUAGUAAAGUAAUCUGAAAAUUGUAUUUUGAACUAUUGUAUGAUGAAUGGGCACAAAAUAAUGCAAGUUUGGGUUAAAACUUCAUUUCAAUCUAAAUAAAGAUUACCGUAUAAUU